GUACAGACGGGAAUGCCAAUGCCAGUGAACGUCGAAGAUACGACCGAGCCACGAACACUUCACGACAGGGAAGAAAUCAUCAAUCAUAGUAAUUCAUUGGAAAUAUGAAUGGUUGGCUAGGUUCGGUUCUUGUCUUCGUUUAAAGAACCAACCAACAUUUUGGUCAAAAGAAUUCAACACACUGUAGUAAUUUGAACUUUAUCAGAUUGCGGGGAAUUACCAGGAUCUAUGCAUGGAAGAAUCAGUUUGAAGAGGAGAUCUGAGCACCCGGAUAUGAGAUGAUUCAUUCCCCAGUCUCUCGUUCAUCAAUAACUAACGCCUUGGGUGUGCGAAUAAUGAACGCUCACAUUGGUCGGUGGUUCUCGGAUAUCGGCGAAGCGAGACCAUCUCAGAUAGAUCCGUCAGUCUAUUCUGGUUUGUCGUGCAAGUGGCCAAUGGAGUCAGUGCAUGCAUAACAUAGAGCAAUUGUUUUCAAACUGAAAAUGUUGGCAUUUCAUCUGGGAUUCGUGUUCAUUCUACUGAACUGGGCGGAAGGCCAACUCACCGGUUUUUGCACCACAUUGCAAGGAAACCAAGGCCAAUGCAAGCCUUUGGUGAAGUGUGUUCGAUUUGUUCAUGAGAUACCGUUACUUCAGAAACAACCAUGUCAGUUACUAACUGGAGAAUUGGGCGUAUGUUGUCCUCAUAUCGUCAUUGGAACGGCCACUUUUCGCAAACCCCGGCGAAACAAUGUCCUUCGCCGUCCCCCGAGACCCCCUGUUCCUAUUCCCCAGAUCCAACGCAAUGACAUUCAGCAAGCUAGUAUUGGAGCGAUCCAACGUCAGGAAUUUCGUCGACAGGUCGAGGCUCGAUUGCGGCAAGCUGGUUUGGUUAUCCCGAGGGGAUCUCGAAGUCCUGUCGCCAAGCACAAACGUCUCCAAAAGACCAACAAUAAGGCCAGAUCAUUGGGCAAAAAGGCCUCAACUUUGGUGGAUGCAUCCAAAGUGCUAAAGGAAAGCCUAAACCUGACUCCAGAACAAGGAACCCACGCUUUGCCCAUUUUCUCUUUGGUGGGCACAUCUUUAGCCGUGGAUAAUGGGGAAGAUUCCGACAUGUGCAACUCCAUUGACGGAAGUACUGGAUUUGUUCGAGAAGCCAAAAAAUGUCGCAACGUCGACCUCAAAUUCCGAUCUAUUGAUGGAUCAUGCAAUAAUCGCCAAAAUGCCAUCUGGGGUCAAGCCAAUGUCGCACUUCAACGCUUACUACAUCCCGAAUACGAGGAUGGGAUUUCAAGACCUCGGGGACAGCUAGGAGACGAUCCCACGUCGAGUAGUUUGCCUACCCCAAGGGAGGUGAGCGAGGCUCUCGUUCCUGACAACGAUAACCCAAGCCCCGAAUUCACACUAAUCCUCAUGCAAUGGGGACAAUUUGUGGAUCAUGAUGUCACUCACACACCUUUGGUGGAGGGCGACGAUGAUACCGAGAUAUUGUGCUGUUCCAAUGGCGACGUCGUCAGAGGAAGCCUUUCUCAUCCCGAGUGUCUGCCCAUAAGCAUCUCUCCCUCAGAUCCCUUUUAUGGCCGAGCUGGUCAACGUUGCAUGGAAUUCGUGAGAUCAAUGCCUGCCAGGAACGCUGAAUGCCAUCUUGGAGCUCGGGAACAAGUGAACCAAAUAACGGCCUUCAUUGACGGGAGUAAUAUUUACGGUUCCGACACCUCAGAGUCUCGAUUGUUGAGGCUGGGUCGGCGAGGUCGCCUUCGUGUGACGCAAUAUGGAGGAGCUGAACUACUCCCAUUAGAUCCGGACGAAUGCGCUGAUCAUUCCAAACGACAGUACUGCUUUUCAGCUGGCGAUGGGCGUUGUAACGAACAACCUCAACUGACAGUCAUGCACACGUUAUGGAUGCGCGAGCACAACCGAAUUGUGUCCCAAUUGUCCCUUUUGAAUUCCCAUUGGGACGACGAGCGUUUGUAUCAGGAAGCUCGAAAAAUUGUCGGUGCUGAGCUUCAACAUAUCACCUACAACGAAUGGCUUCCCAUCAUUUUGGGCAUGACGUACAUGGAUAGGAACAAUUUAAGCCCUUCCAGGUCUGGUUUGACUCAAGAUUACGAUCCAACCAUCGAGCCUUCUAUUACCAACGCGUUCGCGACCGCAGCCUUUAGAUUUGGGCAUAGUUUGGUCCAAGGACAUAUAGAAUCUUUUGGCUCUUUCGGCAAUCGAUUGAAAUCCCUAGACCUUCACAGCCAACAAUUGGAGCCGUACGAACUCUACCAACAAAACUCCAUCGAUAGUUUCCUCCGGGGAUUGACGACACAGCCUGCUCAAGAAUUGGACACCAGCUUUUCUCGAGAGUUGACAGACCAUCUGUUCCAAGAAUCAAAUGCCACACAUGGCAUGGAUUUGGUGGCUCUCAAUUUGCAGAGAGGUCGAGAUCACGGACUUCCGGGCUACACCGCGUACAGGAAGCUCUGCGGCCUUUCCCCAUUAAGCUCAUGGAGGGAGAUGGUUAACGUUGUUUCAUCUCCCGAGCUCGUACCACGUCUUCAACGGCUUUAUUCGUCCAUUAACGAUAUCGAUCUGUUCGUGGGAGGCAUCUUGGAGCGUUCUGUUCCUGGUGCGUUGGUCGGUCCCACUUUCCAAUGUAUUGUGGGCGAUCAGUUUAAAAGACUCAAAUUCGGUGAUCGGUUCUGGUUCGAGGAGGGAAAUCAACUCAGCUCUUUCACUUUGGACCAAGUGAAUGCCUUGCGCGAGAGUAGCUUGUCGCGCAUUAUUUGCGACAAUGGAGACAAUAUACAACAAGUCCAACCCUUAGCCUUUAAGAAGGCCAAUGGAAUGAACCAAAAAGCUAGUUGCAGGGGCAACGCCAUUCCCCGAGUCAACCUCGAGGCUUGGAGGACAAAUAACUGAAUGGAGUAGGCGUGAAAUAAUAAAUUUAUUCCCUCAGUUC